AUGUCGACCGCGGUCCGUGUCAUCUGGCCUUUGGACGCGCCUGGACGGCUGACAUCCCAGGAUGAAACCACUGACCUUUGGUGUCUCCUGUGUUUCACGCCAGAGGGUGCCCUUGCACAGUCGCGCACUUUCCUAGCCUCUACAGGUUCGGCAGCGACGCUGAUCGUCAGCUGGGGUGAGGGGGCCUGGAAGCUGCCUCUCGAAUCCCAUGACGCUGCGCCCUGCUAUGGUGGGCGAGACUUACACAGGGCGAACAUCACGGCAGUGCUGUUCUACAAGCCAACUGCGACAGUAAUUACUGCUGAUUCCACCGGAACCGUAAAGGUGAUGAGCCAAGUUUUUUCCGAUUAA